CAAGGGUCUGAGGUCCCAAGUCCUGGCUUUGUUACUGCACCAACUCCCAUCCUUCCUCCUUCUCAGCCCAUGGCUCAGGGCCACACCUAGAGCAGGGCCAGCCUCAGGGCUGCAGGGGCAAUGUGACUGGAGGGGUGACUGCAGGCUGCCAGGUGGGGGCCUUGCACUCUGCUGGCAGCGGGAAUCAGAGAAGCAGUAACAGGAUCCUCCGGAGGAUCUGGCAGUGCUGAGGGUGGAGGGCUAUGAUCGGGUUGCAGCCCUGCUGUGAGUUUUCCACUGGGUGGCUUUUUCUACCUUGGGAAAGAGUGGGGCUGGGCUGGGAGUCUGAACUCUGGGGCUGGGGGUGCCCAAGGUGAGGGCAGGAAAGAGAGGCUAAAACUGUGGCGGCUGCAGUGGGGAGCCAGGACCAAGCCCUGGGCCCCGAACAGCCACGCUGGGGCAGUGAUCAGUGCUGCUCUGCGGUCUUGCAGGGCAUCAGGCACGGCCAAUGCAUUCCAGGAGCGGCUGAAAUCCAAGCUGGGGGUAAUGAAAGGCAGCCGCGGCUCCUAAGCCGCACAUCUCUGAUCCACCCUCCCGCCCGCCCUCUGCUGCCCACUGGCCAUGUAAGAGCCACCUGGGUGGCCGAAGCUGCUGGUCAGAGGUGGUAGAGAAGGCGGUGGGUCCAUGACGCUGCCUGAGCCCGGGAGCCUUGGGGACCGUGAGCAUCAAGUGAGCUUCCCAGGCUCCUGAGGGUCCUGGCCAGCUCUGAAGAUGCCGACCAAUGGCCUGCACCAGGUGCUGAAGAUCCAGUUUGGUCUUGUCAAUGACACCGACCGCUACCUGACAGCCGAGAGCUUUGGCUUCAAGGUCAAUGCCUCAGCUCCCAGUCUCAAGAGGAAGCAGACAUGGGUGCUGGAGCCCGACCCUGAGCAGGGCACGGCGGUGCUGUUUCGCAGCAGCCACCUGGGCCGCUACCUGUCUGCAGAGGAGGAUGGGCGUGUGGCCUGCGAGGCAGAGCAGCCAGGCCGUGACUGCCGCUUCUUGGUCCUGCCACAGCCUGAUGGGCGCUGGGUGCUGCAGUCGGAGCCACAUGGCCGCUUCUUCGGUGGCACCGAGGACCAGUUAUCCUGCUUUGCCACGGCCAUCUCCCCAGCAGAGCUGUGGACUGUGCAUCUGGCCAUCCACCCGCAGGCCCACCUGUUGAGCAUCAGCCGGCGGCGCUAUGUGCACCUGUGCCCACAGGAGGACGAGAUGGCAGCAGAUGGGGACAUGCCAUGGGGUGUGGACGCGCUGCUCACGCUCAUCUUCCAAAGCCGGCGGUACUGCCUCAGGGCCUGUGACAGCCGCUACCUGCGUAGCGACGGCCGCUUGGUCCGGGAACCCGAGGCCCGCGCGUGCUACACGCUGGAGUUCAAGGCGGGCAAGCUAGCUUUCAAGGACUGUGACGGUCGAUACCUGGCACCAACGGGGCCUGCAGGCACAAUCAAGGCUGGCCGCAACACACGGCCUGGCAAGGACGAGCUCUUUGAUCUGGAGGAGAGUCACCCCCAGGUGGUCCUGGUGGCUGCCAACCGGCGCUACGUUUCUGUGAGGCAAGGCAUCAAUGUCUCAGCCAAUCAGGAUGAGGAGCAGGACCACGAGACCUUCCUGAUGCAAAUUGACCAGGAGACAAAGAAGUGUACCUUCUACUCCAGCACGGGGGGCUACUGGACCCUGGUCACCCACGGUGGCAUUCAGGCCACAGCCACACAAGUAUCUGCCAGCACCAUGUUUGAGGUGGAAUGGCGUGGUCGGCGGGUGGCACUCAAAGCCAGCAAUGGGCGCUACGUGUGCAUGAAGAAGAACGGGCAACUGGCAGCCAUCAGUGACUUUGUGGGUGAGGAUGAGGAGUUUGUCCUCAAGCUCAUUAACCGGCCCAUCCUGGUGCUUCGAGGCCUGGAUGGCUUUGUCUGCCACCGGCGUGGCUCCAACCAGCUGGACACCAACCGCUCGGUGUACGAUGUCUUCCACCUGAGCUUCAGCGACGGUGCCUAUCAGAUCCGAGGCCGCGGCGGCGGGUUCUGGUACACAGGCAGUCACGGAGCUGUGUGCAGUGACGGCGAGCGCGCAGAGGACUUCCUCUUCGAGUUCCGUGAGCGCAGCCGCCUGGCCAUCAGAGCCCGAAGUGGCAAGUACCUGCGUGGCGGGGCUUCAGGGAUGCUGCGCGCCGACGCUGAUGUGCCUACCGGGGUGGCACUCUGGGAGUACUGAGGACAGCACCGAGGACAGCUGCGGGUACAGGGCCCACCAGCCCCCAUUAAAUUGUCUAUCAGCACAGGA